GUUCGGACUUGAUUGUACUCUGUUCGUGGCUGCUGUGAUCAACGCUGGUGGAGCACGUGCGUAUGCAAAUCGUUCGUGUCUACAUACGUUCGUGGAUCAGUUUCGCUUUCCUGGACUGGCGUGAUUGCUUGGUGACGCCGCAUCUAUCGAAGCGGUGGAGGAUGCCUGCGUCAUCAUCUAUCAUCAGCGAGAUCGAUUGUAACAGCGAAACAUGAUCGCACUGCCUGCUUAUCCGCCUUCUUAUUGUGCCAUCUCACUCUCGCGCCAGUGAUUUUUCAGCGUUGGUGGAUCGUUCGCGACCUGGCAAGCCGGCUCACUUUAAUGGAUGGAGAGAAAGAUUGUCAGCAAAAGAAAGGGGCUCAGAGUGGCUUCCAGUCUCAGAGUAAUGCCUCAGGUUCGCCACUUGUAUCAGGGGAAGAAACAGAUUGGGAGGGUAUGUUUAAUACGGAGAAGCACAGGGGCGAUCUCGGGGACAUGACAUUUCGCAUGGCAAACUAUCUGAAGGAAGCCAUGAAGAUGAUGUUUAUGAUGCGCAGCCAUCAUAUGCUGACUGAUGUGAUACUGGAAGUCGGCUCUGAAUUGUUCCAUGCACACAAAGUUAUUUUAGCAGCAGCUAGUCCCUACUUUAAGGCAAUGUUCACUGGAGGAUUGAAAGAAUGCGAAAUGACAAGAGUAAAACUCCAAGGUGUCUGUCCAACGACAAUGGCUCGUUUAAUGUACUUCAUGUAUACUGGUCAAAUAAGAGUUACUGAGAUUACAGUCUGUUCGCUGCUGUCAGCAGCUACCAUGUUCCAAGUCAGCAAUGUUAUAGAUGCGUGCUGUGUCUUUCUGGAAAGGCAACUGGAUCCUACGAAUGCGAUUGGGAUCGCCAACUUUGCUGAACAACACGGUUGUCAUGAUUUGUACCACAAGGCGAAUCAAUUUAUCGUUCAGCACUUCAACCAGAUAUGCCAAGAGGAGGAAUUUCUGCAAUUAUCCGCCAUACAGUUGGUGGCGCUUGUGAGAAAGGACGAGCUGAAUGUACAGGAAGAGAGAGAGGUCUACAACGCCGUGCUGAAAUGGGUCAAGUACAACGAGGAGGCGAGGCGACCCAAGAUGGAGCACAUACUGCACGCGGUGCGCUGCCAGUAUCUCACACCAAACUUCCUACGGGAGCAAAUGAAAAACUGUGACGUGCUGAAAAAGGUACCGGCGUGCCGUGAGUACUUGGCGCAGAUCUUCAAGGACCUGACGUUGCACAAGAAGCCGGUUGUGAAGGAACGUACUCCCAACACUCCGCGGGUGAUAUACAUCGCCGGUGGCUUCUUCAAGAACUCGCUCGACAUACUGGAGGGUUACAACGCCGACGACAAGACGUGGACGCAGCACGCCAAGCUGAUUGUGCCUAGAUCCGGUCUGGGCGGCGCGUUUCUCAAGGGGAUGUUCUACGCAGUUGGUGGCAGGCACAAUUCACCGGGAAGCAGAUACGACAGCGAUUGGGUAGACAGAUAUAACCCGAUGACGGAUCAAUGGCGACCCUGCAGCCCGAUGUCAGUGCCAAGGAACCGAGUCGGAGUUGCAGUGAUGGACUGUUUGUUGUACGCCGUGGGUGGCAGUGCAGGUGCUGAAUACCACAACAGUGUCGAAUGCUACGAUCCGGAUCAUGACACAUGGACCAGCGUGAAACCUAUGCACAUCAAACGAUUAGGCGUUGGAGUAGCGGUAGUGAACAGAUUACUCUACGCGAUCGGCGGUUUUGACGGCAAAGAUCGGCUCAGCUCGGUAGAAUGUUACCAUCCGGAGAACGACGAGUGGACAAUGGUGUCACCUAUGAAGUUUAGUCGCUCAGGUGCCGGAGUGGCCAGCUUGGGUCAAUACAUAUACGUUAUAGGCGGAUACGACGGAAAAUCGCAAUUGAACUCCGUAGAGAGGUACGAUACUGAGCGCGACACCUGGGAAAACGUGAGCAGCGUCAGUACCGCUCGUAGUGCGCUCAGCGUCACCGUUCUCGACAGCAAAUUAUACGCAAUGGGAGGAUACGAUGGCACGACGUUUGUAAGCAUAGUAGAAAUUUACGACCCGACCAAGGAUCAGUGGACCGAGGGUGUGCCGAUGACUUCAGGCAGGUCCGGUCAUGCCAGCGCGGUGUCCUACUAUCAGUGUCCUAUACACUGUGAACAUUUAGAUCAUAAUAUCUCGUUAGAGAAACCGCCGUCGUGAUACGCGGAGCUGGCGCUUUUUAGGCAAUCCUCAGAAACAAUAGUAAAAUGACCGUCAUUCUUUCAUUCGCGAGAGAAAUGUACAAUACAAAGUGGAACUGUGGAUUAGGACAAUUGUGGGUGAUCGACGCCUAGAACUCGACUGACAAGUAUAUUAGAUGUAAUUUUAGAUGACACGCGACGAGUCAUCGAACCGCGGACCAAGUUUGAUUGGAUAAUUCUAGUUAGCUGAAAAAACAUUUUCUCAACAAGUGAGGUAACUUUUACCGCAAUCUUUAAAUUUAUCAAAGGACCAAUUUAUUAGGUUAUACGCGACUGUACUACAUUUUCACAGCUUUAUCACUUUUUAUCAUAGAUAGACUAUAAUUAAUUACAGUGUACAAAGCAGUAAUACAGUGUACAUACUUAUAUUGUGAAGAAAAUUAUUUUUAAACAA